UCAUUAGAUCGUCCAUUCACUGCACUCGCUGGGACCUGGGCUAAUGAGGUAACCCCAAUGUGAUGUGACAAAUGAAAUUAGCAAAGUUAUAUUGCUAUCUUCGACACGGGGUAAAUUAAAGAUCUUGACUCAGACGAGCGAACACUGUUAUAGCCGAAUGUUGUGAUCGAGUGUUGGGUCUGUACUGAGUCGAACACACUGCUACGCAAAGGGUCGCAGGAAGAGAGAGAGAAACUUGGUUAAAGCUAUCGUGCCGCAGUGUUGGUGUUAUUGUGUGCUUUAUACAUUGGAGUACCAGGAAAGUGCACAGCCUUUGUCCGUGUCAAGUCGACAACCCAUGUGACUGGACUUUAACUCACUUUAUCAAAAUGGAUACUACGUUAUCUCCCUUCAAUUCUCUCGGAUCCGGAGGUCCGGACGCCAGUAUGGGAAUGAAUAGCAGCCUGGUAUCACAGACGACAAACUCCUCAGGGGGCUCGAACGGGUCUGCUGGGGGCCCGGGCUCGGUGAAGGCGUGCGCCGGGUGCGGGGCGAGAAUCCUCGACCGAUUCCUCCUGCACGCGCUCGACCGGUACUGGCACACCGGAUGUCUGAAGUGCUCCUGCUGCCAGGCACAGCUGGGUGAGAUCGGCACGUCGUGCUUUACAAAAGCUGGAAUGAUCCUGUGUCGGAAUGACUAUAUCAGGUUAUUCGGUUCUGGUGGAACCUGUGCAGCCUGUUCACAAACCAUUCCCGCCAACGAACUGGUGAUGCGCGUGCAAGCGAGCGUGUAUCACCUCAAGUGUUUCACGUGCGUGUCAUGCCACGGUCCCCUGCAGCCGGGCGACAGAUUCGGUAUUAUCAAUGGCAGUUUAGUGUGUGAACAAGACUAUCCAAAGGUGCUAAAGGGACACAACUCUCUACCACCACGGGCCACGCACAAGGUAGAUAAUAACCAAAUACCUUUACUGAUGGGCAAAUGCUUUUGAAAUCCGGAGAAAUGAAGCCGCAGGGCUCUUAAUACAUUAUUAUCUGAAGCGACUGGUUGGUCCGGCCAUGUUCAGAAUUGUUCUUUGUUAGUUGGUGAGCUUGUCCUCCCUCCUGAGUUUGUCCUCCCUCCUGAGUUUGUCCAUUGUUAGUUGGUGAGCUUGUCCUCCCUCCUGAGUUUGUCCAUUGGCCAUUUUCAGAUGCAUCAUGCACUACAUUUUUUUUUUCUGUUGUGAAUGAGCUGUGUAAAUUUGUUGGUGAAUAAAGGUUUAAAAACGAAACGAUAUGCAUAACUAACCUGUUGGCUUUCUAACUAAGUGGACAGGAAAAUGUAUUGUUGAAUUGUUUUUAAAAAGGGUGAAGAGUAUUUUUGAAACGACCAGUGUACUACUUCUGGAAUAGAUAUUAGAUUUUAUGACAAAAGUAAAGUUUCUGCCAAAAAACAACGGUAAAACUGUCAACGACCAAAUGUUGACAUCUUUAGGAGAAUACUAAAUAUAUAAAUAGGGAGUGCAUGAUUUCUAAUUCAUUUUAUAAAAUUCAGAUGGAAAAACUAAAGUUAAAAGAAUAAUCACAUCACAAGAUAAUAUAUAUUAUAAGAUGUCUGGACUAGGGCUAUUUUGUAUAGUAUUUGGUGAAAAAACUAAUAAUUAUAAUUAUGACCUUACCAUUUUGGACAAAUAACUGCUUCUAAUUAGAUUGGGGAAAUAUCAACAGCCCUAAAAAUUUAAACUACUACAUUUAUAUUGAAUACAUGGUUAUAAGUAGUACUGAAUAUAGAUUACUGAUACACAGAAAUACAAAUUCUAAUGCACAUACAUGUAAUAAGUAAAGAAUUACAUUAUCUUGAAUUGUGUAAGUAUUAAAUGAUUCAAUCCAUAUAACAUUGGUACUAAAUGAAAAAUGUUAAGACGUAUUCAUCAUUCAAACUUUUUCUUUGCGAAAUGUUUUAGGAUUCAUUACCUCGAAGUAGAAAUGUCUUUUUAUCUUAAUUUCUCUGUUGUGUCAAAAUAAUAUUAUGUCCAUAUUUAAUGCCAAUGGAGAAACUUCUCAAGGCCACGCAAUAUGUAAUCCCUCGCAAGGUAAAGACAUGUCUUGCUUGAAAGGUUGAAUGUUGGUCUAUGUCGAUGCCAUUUUCGCUUAGUAAUAAUGUCUUCUUUUGUUUAGUAUUAUUGUGUUCUUGUGUUGGUUUGACGAUUGUUGAUUGAUUUAUAUGUCCUCGUGUAUCACCUAUGUGUGUCUGCCGAUGAUUACAAAUGAGGUAGAACUGGUAUCAAGAAACAAUAAAAACAUUCAUUAAAAUUG